AUGAAGGCGCAAGUACGCUUACUAGAAGUGAUCACGCAACUCCGCAGCUUCCUACUCGACGGACGGUGCCUCAGCAAGGUGGAAUCAGUGAAACUGGCGAUAGAAUUUGUGCAGAUCGCGGAACAAUACCUGGCUGCUGGGAAAAAAGCCAAUCCCAGUCCUCCAGAGGUAACUCAGGCUGAAGAAUCAGUAUUCGUGGACAUUCUAGUCAGCUUCAAGACUGUAAGCAGCUCGAGUGUGGAUGUAAGCGACUGGGGAUCCAAAGGCCAUCAUGAGAAGCUUCAGAUGUUGGAGACGGUUCUAGUGGAAGUUGGCAUUUUGAGCAAUCCGCCCAGCAUUGGAGCCAGGUUGAGGGAGUAG